UCUUUCUACACUCAAACCCUUGUUAUUGGGUCAGCAACCUUGGUAUAAACAUAAUUACAUAAUUAUAAUGGUGAUUCAACUUUGAACCAUAAUCAAACCAAAACUCCCAGAAUUACUCUCUUCCAACUUCAACUACUUUUUCUUUUUCAAUCUAUGGAAUCAAACUUGAUCAGAUGCUCCAAUUUCCUCAAAUUCGAUCGUUUUCUUCUGAAGAAUAUAUCUAAACGUCCUCUAAACCUUGGAUUCUCAACUAUGGCUGUUCAUACAGUGAAGAAGAAAACAUAUGAUGGGUUGCUGUUGGAUGCUGGGGGUACACUUUUGCAACUCUCAGAACCAGUUGAACAGACUUAUGCUAAAAUUGGCAAGAAAUAUGGGUUAAGUGCAACUGCACCUGAAAUAAAGCAAGGAUUCAAGAGAGCCUUUGCUGCCCCAUGGCCUGAGAAACUUCGCUACCAGGGAGAUGGUAAACCAUUCUGGAAACUUGUUGUUUCUGAAGCUACUGGUUGUGAUGAUGAUAGCUACUUUGACGAAGUUUACGAGCAUUAUGCAAACGGUCAUGCUUGGCAUCUUCCUGAUGAGGCCCAUGAGACAUUGCUAUGCCUGAAAAAUGCUGGAGUUAAAUUGGCAGUUGUAUCAAACUUUGACACCAGAUUAAGGAAGCUUUUGAAGGAACUCAAUGUCUUAGAUCUGUUUCAUGCUGUUUUGGUAUCUUCUGAGGUUGGAUCUGAAAAACCAGAUGCACGGAUAUUUAAAGCUGCUUUAGAUCAGAUUGGUGUAGAUGCUGACAGAGCCGUUCAUGUUGGGGAUGACGAACAGGCUGACAGGACUGGAGCGAAUGCAGUUGGAAUCGAUUGUUGGUUAUGGGGAAAGGAUGUAAAGUCAUUCUCAGAUAUACGAGAUCGUAUCCUUGUUCUGGACAAUUGAAGUUCGUAGAAGAUGGCAAGUGGUAAUUGAACACCAUUGACUCUGCACACAUAUAGCCUUGCUACAGCUUGUUUCAGAAAACUCCUGUGCAAUCAUACUGAACAAAGGCUAGAUUUUUGCAGGUUUUACUGCUGAUUCCGUCCAUUUUUUGCUUUUUGCCCAAUUUCUACGUAAAGAUGGUGGAUGCAGCAAUGUUGCUCCCACGGACCACAAUGCGUAAUGUACAUGGUUGGCACCUUUUAGUACAACUGAUGUUUCCCCUGAUCGAAAUGUGCUUAAUUUAGAUUCCGUUUGGUAGGGUGUAAAAUAUUUUCCUUUCACUUUCCGUUGUUUGGUUUUUUAAGGGGUGUAGAACAAGCUUCCAUCAAGGGUGCUCUAGGUGAAAAUCAUUUUCCUUUCAAAGAGAAGGGAAAAUACAUUAUCCUCCGUCCUUGACAAACUUUUACUCUCCUGAUCUUAUCCAUUCUCUACCUUCCCCUUCCAUUUUUCUCUUUUCCACAACUCUUUACAUUGCACCAAAGGAAAAUUAGUUUUGCAUUGUAAAAUAAUUUUACAUGGGAAAUCAUUUUAUAUUGGGAAUGUUUUACAUCCAACCAAACGGAGCCAAGGUUAUAUGUUGAAGUCUGGUGAAAGCUUCGGUAGUUACGAGUUAUCAAGUCAAGCAAUGUUUCUAAGCCUUGUAAGUGACCACCAGAGCUUGAUUACGAACGAGAAAAACAAGAUACAGUGACCAAUUACAAGUAUCAAUAAUCGUAUUUCUAGUUGCGUUGUGUUAGGUUCAAAGGAUACUUUCAAUAAAUAACAGUUUGCAAACUUUAUUGUU